AUGAAUAUGGAUAGAAAAUUCAAUAACAAUCAUAAAGAAUCAUCGUCUGAGGAGGACGAAUCACCACAUGAAGAUGAGAUCGCAUGGAUUCCAUGGUAUUGCAAUCUAAAGGGAAACGAAUUCUUUGCAACUGUGGAGGAAGACUAUAUUCAAGACGACUUCAAUCUCACGGGACUCAGUUCGACGGUGCCCAACUACGAGAGUGCACUCGGCAUCAUACUGGACUCUGACCCCGAGGAGACACUAAGCGAAGACCAACAAGAGAGUUUGGAGCGUUCCGCCGACAUUCUCUACGGAUUGAUACACGCACGUUAUAUAUUGACAUCGAAAGGACUGGCGCACAUGAAUGAAAAGUUUAAGAAUGCAGAGUUUGGACGUUGUCCCCGUGUCUUUUGUCAGAAUCAGCCGGUGCUCCCCGUCGGACUCGCCGACAUGCAGGGCGUCGACACAGUUAAAGUCUAUUGUCCUAGAUGUAACGAUAUUUUUAAUCCAAAAUAUAGAAGACAUUCACAUAUCGACGGUGCAUACUUUGGAACAACUUUCCCACAUUUGUUAUUGAUUACCUAUCCAGAGUUGGCACCACCCAAACCACAUCAAACCUAUGUACCAAAAAUAUAUGGUUUCAAAAUUCACAAGUCUGCUCGUGAGAGAACACUUCAGCAUCAACAAAAAGUUAGAGGACACAAACAAUAA